AUGGAACACCGUGAUACCUCAUCAGCAGCUCCCAACGGAGAGCCAACUGCUGUCCCUGCUCGUCCGCGUCCAUCGUACUUGCGCCCCGCCAGCAAUCAGAGUAGCUUCUUUGGCGACGUCGAGAUGGCCCACGACGAGCUCUUCUCUGGCCCAAUGGCCGAAAGCCUUCCGAGCAGUGUCUCGGCAUUCUCCCAUCGCCGGUCUCGAGCCGAUUCCACGACCAGCUUUCUCUAUUACGACGAUGAUGAGCCGAGCCCUGACAGAGAUAUGCACGAGUUCGCCGGAGCGGUGAUCGAUGAUGACGACGAAGAUCGUUUAGCCGACGAUGACAGUCUGGCAUAUAACCAUGACUAUGUGCUCCAUCGAUGCUCCUCGUCGCUUUCUCGCAGCUCUGUGCACGACCAUCUUCUUCGCAGAGAUAGCAAUGUCACGACUACCAGCUCACAUCCUUUCGGCCGCACCAGUCAAAAGGUGUACGUGGAGAACGAAGACUUGACCAUCGCAAUUGCUGGAUUUCGGACCAGGACCGCUGGCUACAUCGCCUAUCUGAUCCUCUGUAUCCUAUCCGGAGGUGUUGCAUAUCUAGUCUUUAGAUGGCUCCCUAGGUUGUACAUCUCUCUCUUGGGACAGGCCUGCCCCCUGAGGGAUUGCAGCUGGGUGGUUAUAGAAAACCAAUGGGGCGAGAUGGAAAUCUCCCAGGUGCGAGUCCAGGACUAUGGCCAGCCCCUUUCAUCCAUGUUCGGGCUUCCAGAAAAACCCCUGGCUUACGGCCUGGACGACGAGAAUGACCCCGUCGUUGAUGACCUCCGAUCGCUCAAUUACCGCUACGUUCGAUUCUGCUAUCACCCCAUCAAGGACAAGUUCGUUCUCUUUAGCGGCUGGAAAGACCCGAGCUGGACCGAUAUGAAAGCCGUGCGCGCUGGUCUCGAUAGCGAUGAAAAGUCGAUUCGCGAAAUCCUCUUUGGAAACAAUCUCAUCGACAUAGAGCAGAAAUCCAUGAGUCAGCUGCUCGUUGACGAGGUCUUGCAUCCCUUCUACAUAUUCCAGAUUGCUAGUAUCAUCCUCUGGUCACUGGAUUCAUACUACUACUAUGCCAUCUGCAUCUUUGCCAUGUCUGUUGGGAGCAUAACGACGACGCUCGUUGAAACCCGAGCAACAAUGAAACGACUGCGAGAAAUAUCCCGCUUCGAAUGUGACGUUCGAGUGCUGCGGAACGGGUUUUGGACAUACAUCUCGUCUGCUGAUCUUAUUCCUGGCGAUGUCUACGAGCUAAGCGACCCUAACCUGACCCAACUUCCAAGUGACAGCUUGUUGCUUUCGGGGGACUGCAUUGUCAAUGAGAGCAUGCUCACGGGCGAAUCGGUUCCUGUUUCAAAGGGUCCAGCGACCGACAACACCUUGGCACAGCUCGACCUUACCGCAUCGACCAUUUCUCCCGAAGUUGCGCGACACUUUCUCUUCUGCGGAACCAAAAUCGUUCGGGCGAGGCGCCCCCAAGAAGACUCGGGGGGUGAUGCCGUUGCUCUAGCGCUCGUUGUCCGGACUGGGUUCAGCACCACGAAAGGCGCUCUCGUGCGAUCCAUGUUGUUUCCCAAACCCUCCGGCUUCAAGUUUUACCGGGACUCGUUCAGAUACAUCAGUGUCAUGGCCGUUGUGGCUCUGCUUGGCUUCAUCGCCUCUUUCGUCAACUUCAUCCGGUUGCAGCUGGAGUGGCAUUUGAUAAUUGUCCGCGCCCUCGAUCUCAUAACCAUUGUUGUGCCGCCGGCUUUGCCUGCAACCUUGACCAUUGGCACCAACUUUGCGCUCGCCCGCUUGAAAAAAGCCAAGAUCUUCUGCAUCAGUCCGCAGAGGGUGAAUGUCGGGGGGAAGCUGGACAUCAUGUGCUUUGAUAAGACGGGCACGCUCACAGAAGACGGCCUCGACGUUCUUGGCGUUCGUGUUGUUUCGGCGGAUGACCAUAAGUUCAGCGACGUCAUUUCAGAGCCCCGGCUGUUUGAGCAGCGAGAGACGAGCCGGUCCUCCCAGGCCAUCUUACAAGCCGCUCUUCAUGCCAUGGCAACUUGCCACUCCCUUCGCUCCGUUGAUGGCGAGCUCGUGGGCGACCCGCUGGACCUCAAGAUGUUCGAGUUCACGGGCUGGUCCUUUGAAGAGGGAAAGCACAACAUCAUGGAAGGCGAAGACGAGGAGUCCGGGGGCCUUUCGCCUUCAAUUGCCUCACCACCUGAUAAAUCCAUCCAACUCGGCGUCCUCAAGUCCUUUGAGUUUGUCUCGCAGCUGCGAAGAUCCAGCGUCAUUGUGAGGCAUUUUGGAAGAAAAGACGGUGACAUCUUCGUCAAAGGCGCUCCAGAAGCUAUGCGAGACAUCUGCCGGCCUCAAAGCAUUCCAAAGGACUACGACGAGCUUCUCUCAUACUACACCCACGGAGGCUACCGUGUCAUCGGAUGUGCUACCCGCCAUCUUAACCGACUCAGCUGGGUUAAGGCGCAGAAGAUGAGCCGUUCAGAGGUUGAGCGGGAUCUUGACUUCAUUGGCUUUAUCAUUUUCGAGAACAAGCUGAAGCCCAGCACAGCGGGGGUGCUGAAAGAGCUCAGAGAAUCCAACAUCGCCACUGUGAUGGUCACAGGUGACAACAUCCUCACGGCAGUCAGCGUUGCCAGAGAAUGCGGCCUUCUCGAUCGCCAUGCGCACUGUUUUGUGCCUCGGUUUCUUCAUGGCGACUCUCGGGAUCCCACGGCAGAAUUGCAGUGGGAGAGCAUCGACAAUAACAUAUACCUUCUCGACAAGACAAGUUUGACUCCGCUUCCAGCACCGCCAGAAGGCGACAUCUCCCUUCCUUACGACAUUUCCAGCAUGCAAAACUAUUCUCUGGCUGUCAGCGGCGAGGCAUUUCGGUGGAUAAUCGACUAUGCCCCAGCGGACAUUGUUUCCAAGAUGCUCGUAAAAGGAAAAGUCUUUGCUCGAAUGUCGCCAGAUGAAAAGCACGAGCUGGUAGAGAAACUGCAAAGCAUCGACUAUUCCUGCGGCUUCUGUGGCGACGGCGCGAACGACUGUGGCGCUCUAAAGGCUGCGGAUGUGGGCAUCUCGUUGUCCCAAGCCGAGGCUUCGGUAGCCGCACCAUUUACAUCACAGGUCUUCGACAUACGGUGUGUGCUAGAAGUCAUCAGGGAGGGACGAGCAGCUCUCGUGACGAGCUUCAGCUGUUUCAAGUACAUGAGUCUUUACUCGGCGAUACAGUUCACCACCGUCAGCUUCCUCUACUCCAAAGGCUCGAACCUGGGCGACUUCCAGUUCCUGUUCAUCGAUCUUCUUCUCAUUCUCCCGAUUGCUAUUUUCAUGGGCUGGGCUGGGCCUGCGGAAAAGCUCUGCCGGAAGCGACCAACCGCGGAUCUCGUCUCGCGCAAGGUCCUCGUGCCUCUGCUCGGAUUGAUGGGUAUCAGCAUAGCGAUCCAAGCCGUGGCCUAUGUCACUGUGCGAGAGCAGCCUUGGUACGAACCACCGGUGCUGAAGCAUGGCGAAACCAGCAUCAAAAGCUCGGAGAACACUGCGCUGUUUCUCGUUUCAUGCUUCGAAUACAUCUUUGCCGGAGUAAUUCUCAACGCAGGGCCUCCGUUUAGACAUCCCCUGUGGGAAAACUGGCCAUUCAUCACAACCAUCGUUCUGAGUCUCGCGGCGACCAUAUACAUGAUUGCAGGUCCACCACGUUGGUUGUUUGACCUGAUGCAACUAAGCAGCAUGAGCACGAGCUACAGCUUUUUCGUGGUCCUCUUGGGCAUCGCGUUCUUGGUCGUAGCGUCGAUAUACGAGAAGAUGCUCGCACUGCCACUUGCCAGGUUCCUGGGCGCGGCCAUCAAGUGGAUCACUGGACACGCAAAGACACGGAAGAAAUACAAGGUGAUACAGGAAGAAUUGAGAAAGGCCGGCGCGUUUUGAUCCCGUGAGUGCGGGUUUUGCAUGGCGCACAUUACAUGCGUCCGAUCUAUAUUGGAGAGACAAGCGAUAAAUAGACUUAGAUACAGGCUGCGUCUCGGCCAGCGCAGGGCCACCUCUGCGAAGAUGUUGGGGGAUGGCGAUGUCGGCAGGGCAGCUUUCCGCUCAAGCACCACCGAACACAAGGCCCAUUGGAUAAGGGCCAUACUUGGAUACU